UUUUAAGGGUUUUCGUGUUAAAUAAAUAAUUAUGGAAUUUCUCAAUUUUUAGGUUUGAAUGAAAUAGAUUUUGAAAGUGAGGAAUUUCAGCCUGUAGACUUCAUCCAGGAGAUGACAAAUGCUGAACAACCAAAUGAGACAAGUUUAAAUGCUAUGAUCCUCGAAUUGGAAAUGCCAAAAAAUUCCACCGUGGAGCCCCAGAUGGAGCCGCAGAUGGAGCCCCAGGCGGGACCAUCUAGCAUAAAUUUAGUACCAGAGCCUCAGAUUGCUGAACCACAGGCAACUGGACAUCAUUUUGUUGAGGUUCCUAGGUCAAAUAGAACUGUUGAUCAAUUCAGAUUUCCACUACGACAUUCAUACUUGAAAGCUGAUGGUGUUACGAAGGGAUUCUUAACACAUAAUGACCCUAGGGCCAUGUGUGUUGAUUACGAAUUAGGCUUUAACAGCCCAUGUAUGUCUACACGGUGCUGGUUUUAUAAUAGCCACUUUUGGUCUAUUCAUAAGGACUUAAUGGAAACAAUAAAAGUUCGGUUCGAAGGAGGUAUGGUGAAUAUUAAUGUAAUUCAGGUCCAUCCGCAGUUUAAGAUAUUAUUUCCCUUUACUUAUCAAAACUAUGUGGAUCUCAAAAGAAAUAUCAUUAGAUUUGGGCCAUCCUAUGAUGAAUGUUACUUAUGGUUACCUACAAGAUCACUGGAAACGUCACCAUUGAGGCACCGUUCAAACGUUUGA